UUGCUUUACCCGGGAACUCGCUUUGUUAAAAAAAAAAAAAAAAAGCCGAUAUCCGUGCCGAGCCGUGCCAACUUAUCCGAUCCGUUCUGCGGCUUCUAGAGCCGCAAAAAGGGUUCGGGGGGAAAAAAAGGCCAUCUUUCUCACCCUUUCCCUUCCUAAUAAACGGAAGCCUUAGGUUUCCCAGGACCAAUAGACUGAACCGAGCCAAGCCCGUUCCAGUCCCGGGAAGGCUUCCUUGCGAGGCUCAAGCAAUAGCCGCUUCAUGGCUUUUCGCGUCUCCGCUUGUGCGCCUUUGCUUUUCGAUCCUUAAGCGGGAGGUGGGCGCGGCGGGGAGAUCGGGAGCCGGGAAAGCAUGGAUUUUCGAGGCAAGAAGUACGAGCGGGGCACUAACUGGUCGGAUCCCGAGGUAGUGGAGCUUCUGCACCUGUGGGCGGACGAAUCGGUGCAGACGGAGCUGGAGAGCUGCCUGCGGAACCAGCACGUCUUCAACCGGAUCGCCGAAGUGCUGCGCGAGAAGGGCAUCCACCGCACCGGCGAUCAGUGCCGGGAGAAGAUCAAGAAGAUGAAGCUCGAGUACCGCCGCAUCAAGGACAACAACAAGUCUCCGCGCGGGGGCAGGACGUGGAAGUUCUACGAGGUGAUGGACCGCGUCCUGGCCAGCCGUCCUCCGCUCGUCUACAGCGCCACCGGCAACGGCAACGGCAGCUACGUGUUGACGCAGCAAGGGCUCCCGGGUGGGGUGGUGGAGAGCUACCAUCCCCACUUGGGCUCUUCUUCGGCGCUGACCUUCCCACCCUCUCAGCCCCCCGAGCAGAUGGAGAUCAAAUGCGAGGAGGUGGAUUCAGAGGACCAGGGCUUGAUGCCUGAGCCUCUGCCUUCUCUCUCUACUUACCAGCCUGGGGACUCUGCUGAGGAGCAGGAGAUAGACAGGGCCUUCCUGGAGAGGUCCCAGCCUGACUCGCCCAUCUCCAGGGUGGAGAUCCCCAUUGAGACCACUGUCUCCCUCUCAGGUUUCAGGGAACCUAAUGCAGUUUCUUCAUCCCGGAUCCAAAGUCUAGGGGCAUGGCCUGGUUUUUCUACUUUGCACCGCUUGAGGAAGAAAAGGAAAGGCCAGCGGUUAAAAGACCCUAUGGAUGCCCUGCUGUUGAAGACUUUAUCUGCCCAGCGGGAAAUGGAGGAGCGCUUUCUGCAGAUGGAGGAACGCCGCCUCCAGCGAGAUGUGGAAGUGGAGGAGCGCAGAAUCCAAAUGGAGCAGCGACGUUUUGAAUUGGAACGGGACCAUGACUUCCGUAUGUUCAACGUCUUUGCCCAAAUGCUGAACGUCUUAAAGACGGGCAGUCAGGGCUCUUGCGCAACUGGAGUAGCUCCGAAUGUAGACCUUCAUCAAACAUUCUCCAAUUCCACAGAAAUAGGAGAACGUCUGUCGGAAGAAGCCAAGGCCCUCCAGUUAGGGCAAACCAGAUCGGACAGUGCAACUAAGGGGUUGCAUUCCUGCUACCAUGCUGAUUUUCAAAACAGCUCUUACCUCUCUGACCGAGGCAAUAUGGCUGUUGCUUCGAUGUUCUCAGAGGAGGUGUACCAGCUUUACCAUGCUGACAAGUAUGAUGAGGACAAAAACCCCAGUGGCAUCAUUAAUUUGGCUAACAGUGAGAACAAACUCUGCUUUGAUCUAAUGUCCAAAAAGCUGACCCAAAGUGCCACGAACCUCACAGAUCCUUCCCUGCUGCAGUACCCUGAUUGGAAGGGCCAUAUGUUUGUGCGAGAAGAAGUGGCUCGAUUUUUGACCUAUUACAGCAAAGCCCCUUCACCUCUCAAAGCAGAAAAUGUGAUUCUGCAGAAUGGCUGUGGAUCUUUGUUUUCUACUUUGGCUAUGGUUCUGUGUGAUCCAGGAGAAGCGUUCCUGAUUGCUACUCCCUUCUAUGGAGGAAUCAUCAAAAAUGUGUACCUGUGUGGCAGGGUCAAGCUGGUUUAUGCCUAUUUAGAUAGCCAGGUCACUGGCAGUUGCACUCGUCCAUUCCAGCUUACAGUGGAUAAGCUAAAGAAAGCCUUGCAGGAUGCACAAUCAGAGGGCAUCAAAGUAAGGGGUUUAAUUCUCCUGAAUCCACAAAAUCCCCUGGGGGAUAUCUAUUCUGUCUCAGAGUUACAGGACUACUUGGAAUUUGCAAAGAGACAUGAGCUGCACGUGAUUGUUGAUGAGAUCUAUAUGCUGUCAGUUUUUGAUGAUUCUGCCACAUUUCACAGUGUACUGGAAAUGGAUAGAUUGCCUGAUCCACAAAGGACCCAUGUGUUGUGGGGAAUUAGUAAAGAUUUUGCUAUUUCUGGAAUUCGGUUUGGUGCCUUGUACACACUAAACCAAGAUGUUAUCAAAGCUGUGACUUGUUUUAGUUACUUUCAUGGUAUCUGUGGGCCUAUACAAUACCAAAUUGCCCAGCUACUCAGAGACAGAGAUUGGAUCAACCAAGUAUACUUACGCACCAACCAUGAGAGACUGAAAGCUGCACAUACUUUUGUGACAGAUGAACUCAAGACCCUCGGCAUUCCCUUCCUCAACCGCAAUGCAGGUUUUUUUAUAUGGAUGGACUUCCGAAAGUAUUUAAGAAAAAGAACAUUUGAAGAGGAGAUGCUACUGUGGAAACGCUUCCUGGACAAAAAGCUCUUACUCUCUCCUGGCAUCUCAUUUGAGUGCAAUGAGCCUGGCUGGUUCCGCAUCAUCUUUGCUGAUAAGAUAAAUCGACUGAGGCUUGGGAUGCAGAGAAUCUGUGAAGUACUAGAAGAACGAGAACGUGAAAACCUGAAUGACGACAAAGAUCCGUUGUGUCUGUCUGAAUCAGAAGGCACAGUAGACAGCACAGAUGAAGUGAUCUUUGUGUCUCACCACCAGGAACCAACUUCCUCCGGGAGUUCCACCCUUGGCGAUCUAAUUGGUCUCCUUCAGCAACAAAUGCGCUCAUCUGAUUGGUUGCAAAAAAAUACAGUGGAGCAGUUUGCACAAGAGAAACCAGAAGUCUAUGAUGUUUUCAGCAAGUUAGUGGGGAAGAAAUAGCAUUGGUGCAUUCUUCCAGAGGCUAUCAAUCAAUUUUGUCUUUUAAAUUACUUAUUGAUAUUUUUUUCUAUCUACUAGAAAAAAAAUAUCAAUCUACUAUCUACUAUCUUCUAUCUAUCUAUCUAUCUAUCUAUCUAUCUAUCUAUCUAUCUAUCUAUCUAUCUAUCUAUCUUCUAUCUAUCUAGCCUUCUCAUUAUUAUGAUGGAUAGGGCUCAACUAGCAAGGGAUUGGCAUUUCUACAGUUUCUAACCUCUAUAUUAUCUUUUUUUUUAAAUGAGUAGAUUUGUCUCUUAAGCAGUUUCAUAUUUUUCUGAAGGUUUUUUUUCCCAACUGAACAGAUUGUUUUCAAAUCAGAGUCUUGGACUUCAAGAGAGCUAAUUUCAAUAAACUCAGAGCUUGAUAAGGAUUCCAUGGAUGAAAAUUCUCAAGGGGGAAAAAACUCAAGAAGCUUGGGAAAUUUUGAAAAGUGAGAUUAUAAAAGCCCAGUCUAGCACAAUACCAAUGAGGAAGAAAAAUAAUAGAUCUCAAAAGAAACCAGCAUGGAUGCAUAAAGAACUAUCUGACAAAUUGAAAGACAAAAAGGACAAGUAUAAAAAGUGGAAAGAGGGGCUAAUAACUAAGGCAGAAUAUCAGCAAAUAGCCCGAGCCUAUAAAGAUGAAGUGAGGAAAGCUAAGGUUCACAAUGAACAAAGGCUAGCGACAAAAGUAAAAAAUAACAAAAAAACAAUCCAAUCUAUCAAAAACAGCACCACAAAAAAACAGAUUAGGAACAUGUUAAAAUAGGGGGGAAAAUGGUAAGUGAACAUCUGUCUACCCUAGAUGAGUUCAAAUCACCGGGACCGGAUGGAUUACACCCCAGGGUUCUGAAGGAACUGGCAGAUGAAAUCUCAGAACCACUGAACUAUAUCUUUCAAAGAUCCUGGAGCACAGGGAAACUGCCAGAGGACUGGAAAAGAGCUGAUGUAGUUCCCAUCUUCAAAAAAGGAAAAAAAACAGAUCCAGGAAACUACAGACCUAUUAGCCUAACCUCAAUACCAGGGAAGAUUCUGGAAAAGAUAAUCAAGCAACAAAUCACCGAACACCUAGAAGCAAACAAAGUAAUAACCAAAAGCCAACAUGGGUUUGUCAAAAACAGACCAUGCCAGACUAAUCUUAUUGCAUUCUUUGACAAAGUGACAAAAUUAGUGGACCAGAGGAAUGCUGUCGAUAUAAUUUACUUGGACUUCAGUAAAGCAUUUGAUAAAGUAGACCAUAACCUACUACUAGAUUAUUAUUUUUAUUUGAAUUUAUAUCCCGCCCUUCUCCGAAGACUUAGGGCGGCUUACAUUGUGUUAAGCAAUAGUCUCAUCCAUUUGUAUAUUAUGUACAAAGUCAACUUUUAUUGCCUCCAACAAUCUGGGUCCUCAUUUUACCUACCUUAUAAAGGAUGGAAGGCUGAGUCAACCUUGGGCCUGGUGGGACUUGAACUUGCAGUAAUUGCAAGCAGCUGUGUUAAUAAGAGACUGCAUUAGUCUGUUGAGCCACCAGAGGCCCAUAGAUAAAGUAGAAAAAUGUGGGUUAGACAGCACCACCACCAGAUGGAUUUGUAACUGGCUGACCAACCACACUCAACGUGUAGUCCUCAAUGGAACUACAUCCACAUGGAGGGAAGUAUGCAGUGGAGUACCCCAAGGCUCUGUUUUAGGCCCAGUACUCUUCAACAUCUUCAUCAAUGACUUGGAUGAGGGGAUAGAUGGGGAACUCAUCAAAUUUGCACAUGACACCAAGCUGGCAGGAAUAGCCAACACUCCAGAAGAUUGGCUCAAGAUACAGAAAGAUCUUGACAGACUAGAACAUUGGGCGCUAUCUAACAAAAUGAAAUUCAACAGUGAAAAAAGUAAGGUUCUACAUUUAGGCCAAAAAAACAAAAUGCACAGGUACUGUAUAUGUGGUACCUUGCUCAAUAGUAGUAACUGUGAGAGAGAUCUUGGAGUCCUAGUGGACAACCAUUUAGAUAUGAACCAGCAGUGUGCAGUAGCUGCCAAAAAACCCAACACAGUUCUGGGCUGCAUAAACAGAGGGAUAGAAUCAAGAUCACAUGAAGUGUUAAUACCAUUUUAUAAUGCCUUGGUAAGGAAAUGGUGAGGAAGGCCAUUUUCACCCUUUCCAAGCUCCUAGAAAGGCUCGGGAGCCUGGGGAGAGAGAAAAAGGUGCCAUGGCGUGCCAGAAGC